AUGAAGAUGUCCAUUCAUGUGCUUUGGCGUUCUGGCAGUAGCAAUAUCCUCUCUACCAAUGGGCUUGUAACACUCACCUGUGCCUCACAGUAUCAUCAGGGUUGCAAUGCAGGUCUUUGCGGCCGAGCCCAGCAAUGCGGUCAGAGCGUUGUGCGGGGGCAGCCUGGCUGCGAGCGCAGCUGCUGCCGCACUUGGGUGCGACGCGUGGGAAGAGCAGCACGGAAGUUGGAUGCUGAUAACUAUGAGACUGAUCCGUGUCUGAAAGAGAUUCGGAGAGCAGAAAAUUAUUCCUGGAUGGAUAUAAUAACUAUACAUAAAGACAAGCUUCCCAAUUACGAGGAGAAGAUAAAAACAUUUUAUGAAGAACAUUUACACCUAGAUGAUGAAAUUCGCUACAUCUUAGAUGGAUCUGGCUAUUUUGAUGUUCGAGACAAGGAUGACAAAUGGAUCCGGAUUUCUAUGGAAAAAGGAGACAUGAUAACCCUCCCUGCUGGCAUUUAUCACCGAUUCACACUGGAUGAGAAUAAUUAUGUGAAGGCAAUGAGGCUAUUUGUUGGAGAACCCGUCUGGACAGCAUACAACAGGCCAGCUGAUGAUUUUCCUGCACGGAAACAGUAUAUGAAGUUCUUGGGUGAAGAAGCACAGUAAUAGUGCUGGAGACCUGACAGGUGGAACAGCCUGGAGCCCUGUGAAAAUAAAUACAACUGGUGGCUUUUCACUGAUUAUAC